CCCAUCUACGUAAUGUGCGACUGCACAAUCUUGUAUCCGCCAUUUUCCUUGAUCCUUUCUUAACUGCCUUUUGCUGCCUUUUCCGUUCGGUCCGUUGUGGGAUUCGGUUAUUCAUUCGAUUUUAACAUAAUGGGUUUUGUCAAAGUAGUCAAGAAUAAACAGUACUUUAAGCGGUACCAAGUUAAAUUCAAGAGGCGCCGUGAAGGAAAGACUGAUUAUUAUGCUCGUAAGCGGCUGACUAUUCAGGACAAGAACAAGUACAACACACCUAAGUACAGGCUGAUUGUACGUUUGUCCAACAAGGAUAUUACAUGCCAGGUUGCCUACUCAAGAAUUGAAGGGGAUAGAAUCGUAUGCGCUGCUUACAGCCAUGAACUUCCCAAAUAUGGAGUAAAAGUUGGUCUUACCAACUAUGCAUCUGCUUACUGCACAGGAUUGCUUCUGGCUAGAAGACUCCUUAAGAAACUAGGAUUGGACAACUUAUACGUGGGUACCACAGACGUAACUGGUGAUGAGUACAAUGUCGAGGAAUUAGAUGAUGGCCCAGGUGCCUUCAGAUGUUACCUGGACACAGGAUUAAUGCGCACCACGACAGGUGCCCGAGUUUUUGGUGCUAUGAAAGGCGCGGUUGACGGUGGUCUAAAUAUCCCUCAUAGUACCAAGAGAUUCCCUGGCUAUGAUAGCGAAUCGAAGUCGUUUAACGCAGAUGUGCACCGACAGCACAUAUUCGGUCAACACGUCGCGAAUUACAUGAGAACUUUGGAAGAAGAAGAUGAUGAAGCUUUCAAGAGGCAGUUCUCGCAUUAUAUUAAGAAUGGCAUCUCUGCGAAUGAUAUCGAGAACAUAUACAAGAAAGCCCAUGAAGCCAUCCGGGCCAACCCAGAACACACAAAGAUCACGAAGGAGAAACCAGCUAUCAAGAAGAGGUGGAACCGUGCAAAAUUGUCAUUGUCCGAGAGGAAGAACCGUGUGGCCCAAAAGAAGGCCUCCUUCCUCAAGACAUUGGAGGAAGCGGAGGUGUAACCAUUUUUCACUGUGGAUCACCUUUGCAAUGUAUACACAGAUUUAUGUGUAAAUCAAGAAUAAAAAAACUCGAUACAAAUAUAUGUAUCUAUUAAUUA